AUGGAUGUCUUGCCCAAGCCUUUAGAGGGAUUUCAAGAAGUCCGAGAACAUGUUCCGGGUUGGGAAGCGUAUCUGGAUGUACAGGGGCUGAUUUCCAUACUGAUAGCUUCGAAAGAGAUUUCUGGAGCAGUCAAAGAAUCGUUGCAAACAGCCCUGAUUGAGCUAGUGCGACAGGGCUGUGAUGUGGACAAGGCAGUGGCAACCUUGGCCCAUGUGGGUCGACACGGCGACGGGCGAGUGAUUCGCGCUGUCGUGCUCGGCCUUGCUUUUGGCGGAAAGAGGCGGGUGAUUCACCGAGCAUUGACAAGACUUUGCGACAAAGGAGAAUCUACGGCAGUAGAGGCAGGAAACAGAGCGCCAAGUGAUACGAGUGACACAGUCCUACCAUGCACAUCAUUCAACUACCUGUCAUUGUCAUUACUUGGUGUAUCAACGUGUCCAAGGUCAUGUAUCUACAUUUUCAACGGACUUUAUUUUCUCUGCACUUUAUGUUUUCAGCGAGAGCUGUGCACAGACGCAUGUUAUUUUUUCCCCACCUGCCAGGUGAGGGUUGUUAGAUUUUAUGUCAGUUGCCUCCUCCUCCUUCUCCUCCUCCUCCUCCUUCUCCUCCUCCUCCUCCGCCUCCUCUCCUCCUCCUCCUCGUCCUCCUCGUCGUCCUCGUCGUCCUCGUCGUCCUCGUCGUCCUUGCUCAACUGCGACCCGCGAUCCACAGUGUUCUCUGCCGGACCUCAACCACGACCAUCCACGCCCAGUGUUCCCUGCCGGACCUCAACCACGACCAUCCACGCCCAAUGUUCCCUGCCGGACCUCAACCACGACCAUCAUCGCCCAGUGUUCCCUGCCGGACCUCAACCACGACCAUCCACGCCCAGUGUUCCCUGCCGGACCUCAACCGCGAGUAUCCACGCCAAGUGUUCCCCGCCGGACCUCAUGUAG